AGAAGCAGAAGUUGUAAAUUGAGUUAUCCUAUCUAUAUCGGUAUUCGAAUUAUUCAUUCGAAAUAUAACUAGCCAUUGUGUUUAAAAAUAUUAAGUUAAAUGGCGUCCAAUUAUUCGCCAUUAACUACGCAUGUUCUCAAUACUGCCACGGGAAAGCCAGCAAAUGGAAUGCAAAUUAUGUUACAUCGAAUGAAAUCAGAUUCGUCAUGGGAAAUUCUCAGACAAGGGAAGACAAAUGAAGAUGGACGAUUACCAGGCCUGUUAUCAAAAGAUGAAUUUUCAGCUGGAAUGUACAAAAUGUUUUUUGACACUUCUUCGUAUUUUAAGGAAAUGCAUAUUGACACUUUUUAUCCAUAUGUUGAGGUAAUAUUCAACAUUUUAAACACAAAUGAACACUACCAUGUACCUCUUCUGGUAAGCCCAUUUGGUUAUAGUACCUACAGAGGAAGCUAAAAUUCCAUAUGUUUGCCAUGUUAGGCAAAAGCUCUUUAAUGGUUUAAGGCAAUAUCAAAAGGUGAUUGUGGUGAAAAAAUACAUACAAUUAUAACUA